AUGACGCUUCAAGAUCAAAUUAUUCAAGGUGGAAUCUACACUCCUAUCCCCACAUUUUUCAAGCUGGAUAGCAAAUACACAUUAGAUUUAGAAACUCAGGUUUCCCAUGCGAAGUUCUUACACAAGAAUGGCAUCCGUGGAUUAGUAGUUUGUGGUUCUAUGGGUGAAUGUGUACACUUGACCUCGCAGGAAAGACACGAUGUUGUGGCUGCAAUUAGGCAAGCAAUCCCAGACGAAAACUUUAAACUUAUUGCAGGGGCUCCACCAAUGGGUAGUAUUCAGGAAGCAGUUGAAGAAUCAAAACUGGCAGCUCUGGCAGGCGCAGAUUUUAUCAUUUUAUUAGUUCCAGGCUAUUUUGGACCUGCGUUAAUAAGCCAACAAGGUAUACUUGAUUAUUUCAAUCAGGUCGCGGAUCAAUCAGCCCUUCCAGUUAUGAUAUAUAACUACCCCGGUACCUGCAAUAACGUCACUAUUACACUUGAUACCUACGAGAAAUUAUCCCAGCAUCCAAAUAUUGUGGGGACAAAGUUAACCCACUUUAACUUGGAUUUGUAUACUUUACUAGGUAAAAAUACCACGAUCUGCAAAACCAAUAAUUUUAGACCGUUCACUGGAUUGGGGCAAGUCCUAGUUCCUGCAUUAUCGGUAGGUAUAUAUGGUGCUAUUGAUGGAUUAUCUGCAUUGUUCCCCAAAGUUAUGGUUAAGUUAUACAAUUUAUGUAAAGAAGGUAAAUCUGUAGAAGCAUCUGAUUUGCAAUACUUGGUUACCAAGGCAGACAUGAUGAUCUUGGAAUUAAACGUGGUCGGUAUCAAAUAUGCUAUUAAGCAAGUACAUAACUUUGGAGAAGGUUUGACAGGAAGGCCUCCAUUGAGUAGAUCAAUUGAUAUCGAGGCUUACAAAAAGUUUCAACCUGACAUUGAGGCCUUGGUUAAAAUCGAGAAUUCGUUAUAA